GUGAAAGCCCGACCGGAAGUCUCCUUGUUCUUACCUCAGUGGGGAGACGUUGAAGACGAAGCUGACAGUUAGCAUUAGCAUUAUAUUAGCUCUGAUACAGUUAGCAUUAGCAUUAUAUUAGCUCUGAUAUCCGGAGAGGAUUGAAGUUCUAACGUCAUUGCUGCCCAUGUGGUGUAGUGAUGUCUUUUGCAGCAGAGCUGCAGCAGAGGAUAGUGUCUGCUGAGUCGUUGCUGCAGCGGGCGGAGCUGCUGAGUCGUGGCGUGGAGGGCCAGCAGAAGCUGUGCGGGAAGCUGCGUGCUGAGCUGCGCUUCCUGCGACGCGUCGAGGCCGGCGAGCUGCAGGUGAAACAGUCACACCUGCACAGCACCAACCUGACGCACCUGUCGGCCAUCGUGGAGUCGGCCGAGAGUUUGGAGGGCGUGGUGGCUCUGCUGCACGUCUUCACCUACCAGCAUGCUGACGCCCGCGGGCGCCACACGCUGGUGGUGGACGUGGUGGCCAACGGGGGGCACACCUGGGUGAAGGCCGUGGGACGCAAGGCUGAGGCCCUGCACAACAUCUGGCAGGGCCGCGGCCAGUACGGAGACAAGAGCAUCAUCAGCCAGGCGGAGGACUUCCUGCGGGCCAGCCUGCAGCAGCCCGUCCAGUACCACCCCCCUCACGUCGUCUUCGCCUUCUACAACGGCGUCUCAGCCGCCAUGGCCCAGCGCCUGCGGGACAUGGGCGUCUCCGUCCGCGGGGACAUCGUGGCUGUCAGCGCCGUCACACCCGAGGAGGAAGAAGAAGAGGAAGAGGGGGAGGAGGGGGGGGAGGAAGAGGAAGAGGGGGAGGAGGGGGGGGAGGAGCUAGCUGAAGAUAACGAAGACAGCUGUAACCGUGACGACGCUGACGGCGAGGAGGAGUGUUGUGCGUCCCGUGUGCAGCGUGGUGAGGGGGGCGGGGGGGUCCUGGCCCGCCUGGCGUUCCCCCCCCAGCUGCCCGUGGAGGCGUGUCAGCGCGUGAACCUGGACAUCACGUCUCUGAUCACGCUGGUGUCGGCGCUGAGCCACGGCCGCUGCCGCUUGGCGUUCCGGGAGCCCGUGCUGACGGAGCAGGCGGCCCAGGAGCGCCGGGAGCCCGUGCUGCCCUCGCUGCAUGCCUUCAUGGCGGGGAAGGAGCUGUUCGCCUGCCGUGCCGCCGUGUCGGACUUCCAGCUGAUCCUGACCACGCUGGGCGGGCCCGGGGAGCGCCAGCGGGCUGCGGCCCUGCUGCAGCGCGUCACUGUGGUCGAGGACCGGCCUUCGCCGCGCACGUUGCGCCUGGCGCCCAGCGCCAAGGUCACGCCGCGCUCGCUCAGCAUCUUCGGGACGGGGGACUCCCUCAGGGCCGUUACCAUGACAGCAAACAGCCGCUUCAUCCGGGCCGCGGCCAAUCAGGGCGUCCGCUACAGCGUGUUCGUCCACCCGCCCCGCGCGCUGACGGAGGGCAAGGAGUGGAGGGCCACGCCCGUCUGACCGCCGGGGAUCAUGGGAGUUAGAGGCUGAGGCCGCCGGGGAUCAUGGGAGUUAGAGGCUGACGCCGCCGGGGAUCAUGGGAGUUUGAGUCUCUGAGCGCUGGGCGUUUGGCGCAAAAAACUCCAAAAAGUGUCUAAAAACUUUAAAUGAAGAAUAAAAAUGCCAAAAUAUAUAUCCAGAGAGGAUCUUUGUUUGAGUCUGUACAGCCGGGGCUGAUGGGAGUUUGAGUCUAUGCAGCUGGGGCUGAUGGGAGUUUGAGUCUGUGAAGGCUACAUGGUGAACAUGUUUGAUCUCCAUGGUUACCUUUGGUUUAGAGGAAUAUCAGCUGCUGUUCUGUUUCUGUUUCAAAGAUCAAUAAAGCUUCACAGUCACUUCCUGGUCUGCUGUCAUCUGUUACUGUGACAUCAUCACUGUGACAUCACACCUCCCUCAGUGAUUGGUCGGUUGAUUCUGGUCUGUGAGCGGUGGAGGAACAUUGGAACUGGUUCUCGAUGCCCAAACCCAGACAUCCCAUAAUACUGGCCACUGUCACACUCUGGACACCAACCUUUUUACAAUGAUGUAAUCGCAUGAUGUAAUCUGAAAACUGUUGCCUUGGUUACAACAACAACAUCAGCUAAUCUCAGCUGGUAGUCUGUCUGAGUGGAGGUUUCUAACGGCGUUUUUCCAUUACAUG